UCCUGAGGGAUGGUGGCUAAAGAAGACAAGGUAUAUACACCGUGGAACACUGUUCAGUCGUAAAAAGGAGAUUCUGCCGUUUUUGAUGACACGUAUGGGCCUUGAGAUCAUUAUGAGAUUCACAUGUGUGGUAAAUUACAAGAAGAAAAUCCCAUCGGAAAACUGUAUGAAGACUGUUCUCAAGUAUUUCAGCCCAGCUUAGCAGAAGGGAAGGGAGAAGGCCCAGGAGGUACCUUCCAUCGACUGUACGCAGUGUUAACAAUCCUAAGAAAUCCUGGCUUGAUGACAAUAGCAGAUCUGAUUCAUGAAAAAUAUGAAGAAAACCUUGUGAGUGAAAAUUGGAAUCUACUUUGUGCACAUUUCCUCUUGAUUCAUGUUUUUGGAACAGAGAAUCAGGAGCCAUAUUUCCUGGGUUCAAACCUGAAAUCCACCACUUCCUUGCUGUGUGACCAGAGAGGGAAGAGAACAGGAGCGAGUAGAGGAGGAGUGAGAAAGGAAGUACAGGGGAGAGGAUGCCUCACUGAAGCUCCCCAUGGCUCACAGCCACCCAGGUGCACGGCAGGUGAGGGCAGUUGUCCAGAGCAAGAGGGGACAUGGAGCAGCCCUGACCUGAGGGACAGCAAGAAAUCUGCAGGGAAGCAGAGGGCUGCAGUCUGGGGAUGGGCUGUCUGUGAAACACCUGCGCAGGUUGCCCUUCCUCCAGAAAUGGACAGAAGCCUGUUCCUCCCAGACAUGCCUAAACUGGACCAUCACAGCCUCCUGACCCUCUGCUCCUACCUGAGUAACACAAAGGCUUUUGAUCAGGUUACUAGUUCAGGAGGAGUGUUCUGAUGUCGCUGAACCAUAGUCACCUGGGUCCCAGAAUGGCCUCCUGGAAGGUGACCCUCCUCCCAAAUCUGAACAUUCACCCUGAGGUCUUGUAGACAUUAAUUUUCCAGUACAUACCAUGUCAAGCAGAGAAAACAUCAGUUUAGCUGGACUUUCCCAAUGACCAUGGACAUCUACAAAGACUGGCUCCAUCUGCAGUGAACUGCUGACUUAUCCCGUUACCAUCCCUCAGCCAGUUUCUGAGAGCAAAGACAAAAAAGAGAAGCCAGGUUUAAAAAUCAGGAUCAUGGCUCUUCCACAUCGUGCUGGAGGCAGGAACAAGAGUCCAACAACAGGUGCAUGUGUUUAUCUUAAUUUAAUUUGGAAAAGGUGUCAGUUGUUUGCAUAGGUGACAUCUCCCUGUUCUAAGGCUGUAAAGCUUUAGGGAGGGAGCAGUGCCCCUUUGGAUCUUCCCACUCCCUCUGUUUCCCCAGCAGAGAAAACCGCCACUGCUGUUUCCUAAAUAUCCUUGCAGAUCAUCUACGUGACCUCAGGAGUGUGUGUGCACAGGGGCUUUUGCUCACACACGUCCAAGCCUACCCGAAACCCAGCCCUGUAUGACGCUUUUUCACUUUAAAUCUUGUACGUCCUUAGAUAUCGGUACACUAUAAACUGCCUUCUUUUUCUAAUUGGCUUAUGUUCUGUUAUACAGAUAUGCCAAACUUUACUUAAUUUCUCCUCUGCCGAUGGCCUCUGACCUCACUGCCAGUACUCACUCUUGGAAACAGGGCUGGAGCGCACUCGUCCCUGUUUGGGUAGGACAGUGUACUAUAACAGGUGUGUUACUUAGAGAGGAACGGCUCCAUGAAGGGAAUUUUUUAGCUUUGUUGAGAUGCAGUUGACAUACAACACUGUGUAAAUUUAAGCUGCACAACCUAUUGAUUUGAUACCUUUACAUAUUGCAAAAUAAUCACUGCCAUCCCAAGUGUAUGAAGCACCUUGUCUUUGCUUAAAGCCUGAGGCAGCUGUGCUCCAGCACCUGCUGAGGGCCCCGCCCCAGGCCUCCAUUUCCCUGGUGAUGAGAAGAGGGAAGAGGGACUGAGGAGGCCAGGGUCACAGAGCUUCUCAGCUAAGGAUGAUCAAGGGCCAGAGGCCAAAGGGACCCCAGGGCACAAAGCGCUGUGCCCAGCCCAAGAAGCCCCGGCCGCUUCCAAAGUCUCACUGUCCUGUCUCAACCAGCCAUUGUCCCUAAAUCUGCAAAAUGGGGAUCAAGUCACUUAGCUCCGUGUUACUUAUUCAGAUAUUCAAUUGCAUAGAAUGUCUCUCUCUGGGACAAAAUAAAGGAAGCUAGGGCCACAUCAAUUCAGAGUUGCUGGGGUUGAACAGCAGCAGUUAGAGGCAGCCUGGUUUGAGCAUCUGUGUCCGCUGUGCUCAGGGACUCCUUUCUUUAACUGAGGGGAGGAAAACACUCUCACCCUUGAGAUGGGAGAACCCUGGAUUUGAGGGGGGCAGGAGGCAGGGGGUGGGGGUGGCCACUGUUAAGGACAGGAGCUUUAGUGGGAGGAAGAAGCCCUGGAGCCUGGUGGACCUGUAGCCCUUAGGGAGCAACCUGGGGCAUGCGGGGCCUGAACAAAGUCUCCCGAGCAGCGCUGCCCUCUUACCUCCAACGUUUCCAUAAUGAGAAGCCUCCCAGUGGACCUCUCGUCCCCCUCUGUGGAGCCUAAAGUAGACAAAGCUGCAGGGCACCAGCCCUCGGUUGGUUACUUGCAGAGGCCUGAAUUCAGCCAAAGGCUUUGAUGAAAUGCAGCAGGGGGCGCUCUUAGCCAAACCCCGGCUGCCCUGAGCAGCUGCAUCCCUUCCCACCCAGACCUCAGCCUCCGUCCACCCCAGCCCAGAGCCCAGCAAUGUCCAUGGCAACGUCAUGUCAGUGUAGCUGUGAUGGGGGCACUUUCUAAGUCCGUUCAGUUUUAAUUAGUCAGCUGAGUUCCUUAUCAGCAACGGAAGCACCUCGUGUGAACUCGAGGGAAAUAGAGGAGGAUUUGGGGCAGGUGUGGGAGGCGCCCAGGGUUCUAAGCAGACUAGAGCCCGGGGCCUGAGGAUAGAAGGGUUGGAGGGGCCAGCGGCUGCUCUCCUGGGGGUGUUGACAGGGACCUCUGCAAACUCAGCAGAGUUACCCGGCCUGUGUCAGGCCCCUCAGGGUUCCAGGGAGGGGGUCCUAGCUCAGGGUCUCAGGGGAGAGGGUUGUGGCUGACACCCCACCCAGUUGACCCUCAUGGGGAGAGUGCUCCCAGGGGUCGCUGGGCUCUGCUUCAGGAGGAGAGGGGACCCCACUGAGUUUCAGAGGCAGUGAUGUCCAGUGAGGCAGGCGUUGCUACUCCAGGCUACUUCGCUGUGGUCAAAGCCCUACCUUCCCAUGAAAGUGAUUCACCCACAGCAGAGUCAGUGGGAGUUUCUUCAGUGUUGUCAAGAGCUGUGGCUUUGAACAAAUGAACAGCUGUGUCACUAUGUUGCAUGCUCCCCGGGCAGAUGAGAGUGUGGAAAACUCAGUUCUUCCAGAAAAGGGUUCAGAGCUGUGGGUGUGAAGCCACAGCACUGGUCCAGAUUCUGCGGCUACAUGAGGACCUUUUCUGAGCAGGAUGCUCUUCCUCACCCCCGCCCCCCAGACAGAGGAGACGGGUUUUCCAGACCAAGGAUUGAGUCCCUUCCAGACCAAGGAUUGAGUCCCAAUCAGUCAUCAAGAUGUGUAGGCAGAGAGAUGAGGUAAGAGUCAAACUCACACGAUUUCAGUGUGUUAGACAAAGACCCCAGGGCAGUCCCAGAGCUCCCAAGUUCCACCCUGAUGUGCUAAAUGUGCUCCACCAUCCUUGCUUGAGGAUGUGUCACAUAGGAGCAAUUUGGGGGAUGGUGCAACUGGUAAUACGUAGUAUUUAUUUCUCCUGGAAUUCUUACCUUGUGGUAAUUGUCUACCCAAUGAAACAAAAAUAUGUAUAGAAUUAGAAUGACAGAAAAAAAGAUUUACUUUUGCUUUUGAAGAAAAAUUUAAUUGCAGUAAAAAGGAACGUUGAUGAAUUUAAUCAUGAUUUUUAGUGAAAAAGAAAAACGUGAAAAGAAGGAAAAACCGGCCUCUCAUGUCAGCAUUGCCUAGCUGUGCACAUUUGGAUGCUCUAAGCCAUGUCUCUGAAUGUCUGCUUCAUCUUCUCUAAAACAGAAGUGGUGAGAUCCACUUUGCGAGGCUGCUGAAUGCACGCACGUCGUCCGGAGCUGUGUCUGCCACAGCAGAUACUAAUCUUCAGCAUUUAAAGGCAUCUCUGAUCCUCGGAGACCAGACUCCAGAGUGGACUCCAAACCUGGGUUGCUGGGAACCCACUGUGGGGCUAUUUUUAAAUUAUUGGUGGUUUUUUGUUUCUACUAACUUGACUUAAAGGAAAAUUAGCAUAUCAUUCUGCAGGAUUGCAAGACAUCCCACCUAAUGGGCCAUCGAGGACCCAGAAAGCUGUUUUCUCUCUGCCCAGAAGUGACUCGGGGUGGAGGUUGGGGGACUGGUCCAAAUGUUAAAGCCUCGGUGAGGCUGAUUCUCUGAGCCUGCUUCACGCGCGAUCCUUGAAAUGUUCCAUGACAUUUGUCUGUAAUUUUCUUACAUGUCAUUUUCAGUGUUAUGAGGGUUUACAGAAAGAACUCCCAUUUUUUUCUGCCAUCAUAAAAAUAUAGGCCUGAUUUUGGUUUGGAGGAACUGAAAACUCUCAUUGAUUUUAAGGCAAAACCCAUCAAGAAAUCUGUCAGCUUCCACACCGCUGUUCUCUGUACCUCAGCUCCUCGUAAGUGAGCUAUUUAUUAACCGUGACGGUGAGG